CGAUUGCGGAAGUCGCGGGCGGCACGCGCCGGCCGGGCCCUGUCACUCAGCGGUUGCCCCGGGUGCCGGUGGUCGCCAUGGCGCUGCGGGUUCCAUGCUGACGUUGCGCGCGUCGGUUCGCUCCCUGCUGGCGGCGAUGAGGAACGAGGCGGCGGCCGGCGGUCUGGUGAAGGUGCGCCGGCUGCGGCAGCCGGAGCCCGGCCAGCCCGUGGGCGCCGGGCCCAGGCUGAGUUCGCGGCCUUGGGCUGGAGCAGGAGAUUGGAAUGAGGUGUUGAGGGAAACUGUAAGUGUUCUCCAGUGUGGUCGGGUAGUGGCAGUUCCAACAGACACUAUCUAUGGAAUUGCCUGCCUGGCCCAGAACUCCGAAGCUAUCCGAAGAAUUUAUGAUAUUAAAGGACGGAAUUCAGACAAGCCAUUAGCUAUCUCUGUUGGAAAUGUUGAAGAUAUUUAUAAGUACUGUAAGGUCACUGUUUCUGACCAAUUAUUAAGAGAUCUUCUGCCAGGACCUGUAACAUUGGUUUUUACGCGAUCAGAGGAGUUGAAUAAAGAUUUAAACCCUUUCACUGAUUUGGUGGGUGUUCGUAUUCCAAAACAUUCGUUUAUGCAGAAACUGGCACAACAGUGCGGUGAACCUCUGGCUUUGACAAGUGCCAAUGUCAGCUCUCAAAACAGCACCCUGACUCCAGAGGAAUUUAAAGAUCUUUGGCCUUUGUUGGAUCUUGUUGUUGAUGGUGGGCCUAUUGGUGAUAUGAUGAGCCCUGAGUGUCGGUUAGGAUCAACGGUGGUUAACUUGGCCACACCUGGAAAAUAUAGUAUCAUCAGGCCUGGUUGCAGUGCAUUUACGACAACGGUGGAAAUCCUCCAGAAGGAGCAUGGAAUGUCCGCAGAAUGCUAAAACUGAUAGAAGCUUUAUCAGAAAUUGUUUCUUUGCUCCAGACAAAACAAAACGCGCAACCUAAUGUCUUCAUUUGUUCUUGCAUCGAGGUUUGGAUUCCAAAGAAACAUUUGCAUAUGCAUUGUUUUAUCGAUGGUUGUGCUGUGUAUGCACUUCCUAAUCCUUGUAACAUCUACUGAUUGACUUCCCAUUAUACACUUAUUCUCGGUUGGUCUUACAUAGUGCAGUUUGAAGACCAAAGUCUUAUCCCAAGAAUAACUUGGGUCUGAGCAUGGAGCUCAGGGCUGUUGUCAUCCACUCUGGUUGCAGUAAUCUUGAUGUAAUGGAAUGUCUUUUGCUAAAUGGAAUUGAUCAAGAUGGAAUAUUUAAAUAUUGUGCACUUUUGUCACUUCCUGGGAUCUACAUCUACCUUUCAUAAGGUACAGCUAUGAGGAAAUCUGCUGAUACUGGAAAUCCAAAGCAACACACAAAAUACAAGAGGAGCUCAGCAGGCCAGACAGCAGCUAUAGGGGAAAAAAAAGGUAAACAGUCAGUGUUUCAGUUGGCAGUGGAAAGGAAGGGGAAAAGUCAGACUGGGAAGGUGGUAAGUAGUACAAGGUGGGACCAUCACCUCCCUCUGGUACUCCUCCACUUCCCUUUCUUUCAUGGUCUUCUCUCCACUCCCAUCAGGUUCCUCCUCCUCCAGCCCUUUAUCCCUUUCAACAACUUCCCAGCUCUUCACUUCACCCACUCGCCCUCUCCCCACCACCUAUCACCUGCCUCCUUAUACUACUUCCGCCCCUCUUCUGAGUCUGACCUUUCCUCUUCCUUUCCAGUCUCAGCCUGAAACAUUGACUGUUUACUCUUUUGCCUAGAUACAACCUGGCCUGCUGAGUUCCUCCAGCAUUUUGUGUGUGUUGUUUAAGAUAUAGCUGUUAAUCAUUUUUAUACUAUUUCCAUUUUCAUACUUGACUACCUGUGUGAUGUUCUGUCUGGGGUCUUGUAACACUCACUGUAUGUCAUAGCUUUGAUUUUAUCAGUAGCCAAAUAACUACUGAAUAUGAGUUCAGUUUGAAUAUUUUGAUUCCAGUGAAUCAUAAGGAGUAAUUUUAAAUGAGGUCUUGCUUGGUGUUUUUUUUAUUCAUAGUUAAUCAAAAGAAAGUAGUUGCCUUUUAUGAGCUAUGGCAAGUGUAAGUGGUUUUGCUUGGGAAUAAAAUUAAAGUCUACCCGGCAAUGGCCAAUGUGAAUCUAGGAUUAGUAAUAUUUUUGCGUAUGACUUACAAUUUCUGUAAAUAUAACUGCUAUUUGUGCAUAUUUCUGAUUUUCAGUUUAAGAACUCAGCAUUACGAAGAAAUUAUGCUCUCAGUCUUGGCAGUUGGGUGAAUAUUUGACUCAGUUUCAGCAAUAAUUCUAUAUGACAUGGUAAGAUUUAGUCAGGCAGCAAUGUAACAAAAUCUAUCAAAACUGCAUUUUGAAUAAUUUAAUAGCGUUAGCCUACUUUUAACAACCCUGGAGGUCAUACAUUGCUCUUUGAAAGAUUUCACAGGAUAUUGUCACAUGUUAUGUAAGAAUAUCAGAACAAAAAUAAAGGGGUAGGGGUAGGAAUCUAUAUUGCCUUGCAAAGCAAAGUGGAAGGGCAUUUCUGAACUGGUCUAGCCAUGCAUGUGUGAUAGCAUCAAGUGUGAUCUGAGCCAACCUUCCCUUCGUGGAAGGAACGCAGUGUUACAUGCUCCAAAUUCCAGCCACUUGUGUUGCAGGCCUUUCCUUCAUUUACAGUCUGCCAUUUGGCAAGAUUGGUCAUUACUUUCCUGGUACUAUGGACUUUUCGCUUCACAAGGUCUCUUAAACUGUCAAUAAAUCCAUGCAUUUCGGGGUAAAGCACUUCUCUGACCUGGCUGUGUAGGUACUUUCUUCACAAUCAUUCACUGUGUAGUUGCCUGACAAUUGCUUAGAGGGAAGUAAUUACUUCAGAGGGAAGUAUUGUACCUAUCUAAAUUUCUCAGACAUUUCCAUAUUCAAUGUAGAAUAAUGUUAUUCCUCAAGUACCUCUGAACUUUGUAAAGUGUUCAUUUUAUCCACCAUAAGCUAGUACGAUACAAGUUAUUUUAAGCAAUAAUUUCGUAGUAGUCAUCUGUCCACACCAUUUUCCAUUUGUACACUCGUCCUUGACUAUGUCAAUAAACAGCAAUCAGUUUUA